GCCAGACGUAAUCGUCCACCAGAGUUUCAAGACGAAUCUGCAAGAAAAAAAAAUGGAGAGGAAGGAAGAAGUUGGAAAAGAGAAUGGAAAUUCGGAAGAAGAAUUAAGAACACUGUCAGACGGUUCGAUUUGUGGAUUCGAAUCUCUUCAUCGCCUCCUCGAAUCGUCCCUCUCUCCCCCAGUUUUCAAGGAAGUCAGUCGCUUGCUUAUUGGAAUGAAUUGUGGAAAACCACUUGAGCCCUUGCCAAUAAUAGAAAUCGCCAAAGGAUUGUCCUCACAACAUGAUUUCGAUAUUCAGGCAUUCAGGUUCAAUGCUGACAAGGAAUUACUGAGAGAACCUCGUAUAGUGCGAGUUGGACUCAUUCAAAACUCAAUCUCUCUUCCAACAACUGCACCCUUUCUUGAUCAAAAGAAAGCCAUAUUUCAAAAACUGAAGCCCAUUAUCGAUGCAGCAGGUGCUUCAGGGGUCAACAUAUUAUGUCUACAAGAAGCAUGGACAAUGCCUUUUGCAUUUUGCACCCGUGAGAAAAGAUGGUGUGAAUUUGCUGAGCCUGUAGAUGGAGAAUCAACACAAUUUCUUCAAGGUUUUGCAAGGAAAUAUAACAUGGUCAUAGUAAGCCCAAUACUCGAGAGAGAUUUGAAACAUGGAGAGACUAUGUGGAAUACUGCAGUUAUAAUCGGGAACAAUGGUAACAUCAUAGGCAAGCACAGGAAGAAUCAUAUACCUCGGGUUGGGGAUUUCAAUGAGAGUACAUAUUAUAUGGAGGGAAAUACAGGUCACCCUGUGUUUGAAACAGCAUUCGGGAAGAUCGGUGUGAAUAUAUGCUAUGGAAGGCAUCAUCCUUUAAACUGGUUAGCCUUCGGGUUAAAUGGUGCAGAAAUUGUCUUCAAUCCUUCUGCUACAGUCGGUGAACUCAGUGAGCCAAUGUGGCCCAUCGAGGCAAGAAAUGCUGCGAUAGCAAAUAGUUACUUUGUGGGGUCCAUCAAUCGGGUGGGGACGGAGGUGUUCCCGAACCCGUUUACAUCGGGUGAUGGGAAGCCGGCGCAUGCAGAUUUUGGUCAUUUCUAUGGAUCGAGUCACGUUUCAGGACCAGAUGCAUCGUGUACGCCAUCACUUUCGAGGAAUAAAGACGGGUUGUUGAUAUCGGAUAUGGAUCUUAACCUCUGCAGACAACUAAAGGACAAAUGGGGGUUCCGUAUGACGGCUAGGUACGAGGUAUAUGCCGACAUGCUUUCGAGAUAUGUGAAGCCCGACUUUGAGCCACAAGUCAUUUCCGAUCCCUUGUUGCAUAAGAAUCAUGUGUAAAAAAUCAAAAAUAUUUAACUUUUUCUCAUGUAUGAUGCUGAUGUAUGAUUGUGAAAAAAAAAAAUCAUUUGUCUAUUAUGGAUGUUAAAUUAUUAUGCAAAAAAAAAAAAAAAAAAAGUAAAUUUGGUUUA